UGGCUCAUCAACUAAAAACGAUGGACAUGGAAAUUUCGGAAGCCUAUCUUGUCCAUUUCAUCCUGAACUCACUAAACUCUGAUUAUGAUCCGUUCAAAAUUCACUACAAUACUCAAAGAGAAAAGUGGACCAUUUCAGAGCUUAUCUCCCACGCAGUGGAAGAGGAAGAGCGUCAAAAGGCCAAAAGGCAGAAACACAUUGACCAUCUUAACCUCGUCAACUCUAAGGGCAAGAGGAAGUUCCAUCAAGGAGAAGCCUCUGGAUCAAAGAAAAAGGGCAAGCCACCUCAUCCUCCGAAACAAGGAGGGAGUAAGGCUGCGCAAUCAACUGCUCAACCUUCAGCUGGGCCAAAAUUCAAGAAUCCUCACUGCACUUUCUGUGACAGUGAUGGACAUUGGCACAAAGACUGCCCCCGCUUCAAGGAGUGGUUGGCCCGUAAAGGGAUUGAAUGGCGUCCAGACGCUAAGAAAAGGGGAGCACAUCCUAAGAGUAGCUGAUGGAGCAGAGAUUGAAGUGGAGGCUGUUGGAGACCUCGCACUCAAGCUUCCCAGUGGCUACAAUUUAAUACUUAAUAAUGUCUUAGUUGCUCCUUCCGUUAAAAGAAAUCUUAUUUCAGUCAGAGUCCUAGCAGAAUCAGGAUAUGACUGUUAUUUUUCCAAGAGAACUUGUUACAUUAAGCAUCUAAAUAAAGUAAUUGGU